CUCGAGGUCUUCAACUUCACGGGCGGCAUGCCCAGGCCGCCCGACCUGGCGCCGAGCAUCGUCUUCGCGAUCCUUGUGAGGCCCGAGUUGGAACCUGACAAAUAUGGUCUCACUCUCCCAGUUCUCAUCUGGCGCAUCAGUGUCCGAGCGUCACGUACAUGGCUGUACGUGCGCCCCACAACCUUCCUGCUCCUCCGCCUCGGCAUGUACAUCCUCCGCGCGAUUAUGAGCGUUAACACAUACGAUAUCGAGUAUCUCGCCGGAGAAGCUGCUCUCAUCAACAUUAGUUUCCUCAUCCUCCUCUUUCCCGUGCUGGACCUGUGGCGGCGCCAUAUCCUCACUACCGUCCAGCGCAAAGACCGGCCGUGGUGGGUGCGGCCAAUCAUUCCCUACAUGACUCUCCUCACAUCCAUUAUCAUCAGCAUUGUAACCGCGACCGAAGUGGACCCGACGCAGCCGAAGACCCCGCUAGUCCGCACCCUUUGGCGCACCAACUACGCGCUCUCCCUCGCCACCGUCAUCAUGGGUCUCAUCUACGUCCCGCUCUGCCACUUUAUGAUGCACCUCGGCCGGCGCGGCACGAUCUACCUCACGUGUCUCCUCCUCCUGUGCUUCAUCACAGCGCUGUACCGCGUCAUUCAGCUGCACACCGAGGACCCCGACGCGCCCGUGCGCAGCCGAAUCGCAUUCUACGUCCUAGAA